CUGGCAUUCAAAAGUGUUCGGUUGGCGCGACGCACAGUUGGCGGGAACUUGAUAAGUCUCAUAGCCGAGACCCCCGACAAGGCGUGUUUUUUUCUCAUCUAAUAAUUCACAGAGUAUACACCCAUAAAACCAACUGCAGAAUGUGAAAGUGCAUAAAAUCGAAAUAGACCAAACAAGAAAGCAAGACGAGAGUGAAUUAAGUAAGCAAUUCCACAAAUACCAGAGACAAUGUAGAAGGCAAAAAAGAAAGAAAGUUGGUGCAAAAGUGAUUACCAUAAUUAUUCCCAAGUUGCGAAAGUGUGCGCCAAUAUCCAGUUAGCGCAAGUUAGCCAAUAAGCGCACGCAAAGGCAAUAAAUUGCCGUGUUGUUCGAAUAAAUUGCCCACAGCCACAGCAAACGAAAUCACAUUUUCCUUCGUGUUAAAAAUGUACGGCCCACUUUGCUAGCAACCACAACAACAGCCACACCCGCAGAAGCAGAAGCAGCGAGGGUUCAUCGUCAGCCGCCGCCAGACAUGGACAGUGUAAAAAGUGAAUAACAAAAACACAAAAAAAAAACAACAAUAACAACAAGAACAUGAAAAUAAGAGUCAACAAAAUGUGCCAAAAAUAGUAAAAGAUAGCCGGUGUACAGACCGCACACACACACACACACGGUCGAACGCGCGUCGACUUCUCAGACAGCCGGGCAAGUUGAAAAACAAAAAUUGAAAGACAAAAAAAAAAAAAAAGAAUUCAGUGACAGUGUCUGUGCGCUCUGACCUGGUCUAAGCAAAGCACGGCAGGCAAAUGAAUAAUUGGUGCUAAUCUUCACAAGCUGCGCGCGUGUGUGAGACGAUGUCUGAGCCGAGCGGCUGAAAAAUAUCACAUCACGACGGAUAAUACUUUACAUUAAGUGAAUAUGAAUUCUCUUGUUGCACACGCACAUUUAAAUAUUUAAGAAAAAUUUCAAAAGAAACGCUUUAGUUCGCCGCUUAAAAAGGGAUAAGCUUUUAUUCAGGAGAAAAUAAGUGAAAGAAAAUUGUUCGUGAAUUGAGCCAUCAACAGUGCAACAUAUACAUACAUACCCAGUCUGACAUGUGAUCAAAAGGGAUAUAACAGUUUGGCCGUCAUCACUUCUGCAGUCGAAGGUCUUCACAGGCGCAUGCAACGCACAUAUGUACUCUCUUCGCAACGACGAUGAACAACCGCAACAACUCAAUCAACGGCAUCAACACGAAAAGCAACAACAAUAACAGCAUUACAAUACAGCGCUUUGUGCCGACAGCACGAACAGCGACAACAGUACAAGAAGCGCCCAAAGCUACAGUAAUAGUAUUCCGAGCAUCAGCGACAGCAACAUCGCGAAUCCGGCUUACGGCACCAGCAAAAACAUCAGCAGCAAAAGCAAGAGCAACAGCAACAGGGCUGACAUAAGUUAAAUAAUUGCCGACGAAUUGGUGAGUCGUUCGUUCGUUCAUUCGCCCGCGUUGAAUCCGCUCAACAUGACGAGCUCGCCCGAGGUGACAGCGGCGUUGGGUGCGACGGGUGUGGCUGCAGCAGCCAGUGUAGAUGUGAAUGUGGGUGAGGGCGCUGACGAGACACCGCUCGAGUCCUACGACAACCUCGACGCAAUUAAUGAGAGCACCGAACUGCAGUGCCUGUUGCAGCAGCACAUCGAAACAACGACCUACGGCAAUGACAGCGCCUACUGCCUCACCCACUUCGACUCGAUCCUUUGCUGGCCGCGCACGCCGCGUGGCACUUGGGCGGCGCUGCCGUGUCUGCAGGAGUUCCAGGGCAUACAGUAUGACAGCUCACAGAAUGCGACGCGUUUCUGUCACGCCAACGGCACGUGGGAGAAAUACACUAAUUAUGACUUAUGCAUGCAUCUGCCCGCGCCGUCAACGGUACCUGAGUUCGAACCCAUCAUCGAGUUGCCAACAAUAAUUUACUAUAUCGGCUAUACAAUCAGCUUGGUCUCACUGACGUUGGCGAUAAUUGUCUUCGCCUAUUUCAAGGAAUUGCGCUGUUUACGCAAUUCAAUUCACGCCAAUUUAUUCUUCACAUACAUAAUGUCGGCGUUGCUGUGGAUACUCACUUUGUCCGUACAUAUUUCCAUACGAACGGGCCUAGGAGGUUGCGUUGUACUCGUCACACUCUUUCACUUCUUCACCUUAACCAAUUUCUUUUGGAUGCUCGUUGAAGGUCUCUAUUUGUAUAUGCUGGUUGUGAAGACAUUUUCCGGCGAUAACAUACGCUUUAAUAUAUACGCAAUCAUCGGUUGGGGUGGACCUGCAGCUUUUGUUGUCAUUUGGGCAAUCGCCAAGGGGUUAACAAUCUCCUAUGAUGUGGAAAAGUUCGACAUCGGUUGCCCGUGGAUGCGUGAGACUUAUGUGGAUUGGAUAUUUCAAGGUCCAGUGUGUGCGGUGUUGAUUAUGAAUUUAAUAUUUCUACUGAGAAUAAUGUGGGUGUUGAUAACCAAACUCCGCUCCGCCAACACAGUGGAGACGCGCCAAUAUCGCAAGGCAGCCAAAGCAUUGUUGGUGCUCAUUCCGCUCUUCGGCAUCACCUAUUUGGUGGUGUUGGCGGGUCCCAGCGAGAGUGGAGUCAUGAGUCACAUGUUCGCCGUGGUGCGAGCGUUGCUGCUCAGCACGCAGGGUUUCGCCGUGUCAUUGUUCUAUUGUUUCCUGAACUCCGAAGUGAGAAACACGCUGAGGCAUCAUGUUUCCACGUGGCGGGACGAGCGGAAUAUUCAACUCAAUCAAAGCCGAAGAUACACAACAAAAAGCUUCUCAAAGGAUUGCUCGCCGAGAACCGAGAGCACACGGCCACUCACCGCUUAUUACGGCAAGGGCAAGCGCGAGUCCAGCGUCUCAUCGGCCACCACCACCACUCUGCUGGGCCACAACCAGGGCCUGAGCGUGAACGCGAACAUCAGCGCGGUGAUGGCGUUGCAGCACGGCUCUAACGGCACUCUGCAGACGAUGCCCACCGUGACGACGCUGACCGUUAUGCCGCGAGCGAUUAGUCCGCUCAUGAAGCAAAAAUUCGAAGAAAAUUCCGUAUAAGAUAAAGGGCCACAAAGUAACAAAGCACUAACAUCUAUGAGUAGUAUUAUUAGUCAUUAUAUAUAUUGAUGAGUUAAGCUAUAUGAUAAGUUAUAUGUAAAGUUAAUGUAUACUAGAAAUAAGUCAAUAUUAUAAAAUAAUCAAACGUGGAAAGGGAAAUUAUUAUAUGCAAACUAACGAAUUUACUAUAAGUACUAACAAUUUUUUAACACAAUGUACUCUGUACUCUAGGCACCACUUAAAUGUGAAUAUUACUUAAAAAUGUUGUAGUUGUAAUUAAAAGAGUUGUAAAUAACUGAACAUUCUGUGUAAAUAUUGCAUUCACUUGUGUGUUUGUAUGUUUGUUGUAGUUAUAGCUUUUGGGAGUUGUACAAGAAUACUGGGCUUCAGUGUCUAAUAUUGAGAGAUAAUGACUUGAUAUUUGUAUAUGAAUCCUGUCAAUAGUUGUUGUAUGUAUAUUUAUGAAAAUCUCCAUGUAGCUUGGUGUGUAUAUGUGUAGUUGCUUAAGUUUAUAAUUAAGAGAACAAAAUAUAUGUAAAUGUGUUAAAUGUGAUGGAUUGUGUGUAUACUGAUAGUUAAAGUUAAGUAAAUAAAUAUUUUUCGAUUGAAUUUUCUGAAUUAAAAUUUUCUUAAAACUGUUCUGCUACAUUCAAGCUUGGCAAUAAUUUUAUAAUAUUUAAUAUUUUUUCUAAUUUUCUAGUCUACUUAAAGCAAUUUCUUUGAAAUUUUAUGUAAAUAAAAUAUAUAUACUUAACAAUACGUCUAUAUUCGUUAUUUCCAAAAAUCGUCGUGAAAUAUAUUUUACUGGUGUGUUUGGUAUUGUUAUUAACUAAAAAAAAUUGCUGA